UGAAAACCUAAUUUGCAUACAUCUGAGACAUGAACAGGUGUUACACAUGAAUGGAUUCUAUUCACACAUUGUCUAGCCUUCCAAUCAGAAGCCUCAAAACACAGGUGACUGACAGGUGGAUAGGAACUGUUGUACUAUGGAGUUUUAAACAGAGAAUAAGUGAAAUCCAAAUGAUUACAGGAGAGAAAACCCCAUUCAUGGUUCACAGAUCACUGAGUUCUCUCCUAUCUGUAUGUGUGGAUAACUAUGUGCCUGAAUUAUUGCUCUAGAUCAUAAAAAAAUAUAUGUUCCUAUGAUUUUAAGUUCUCUAAGACAGUUACUUGAAUGGCUUUAGUUCAUCAAUUUUGAUCUUUGGUCAAAGCAUCACAGCUGAAGGAAUGAAGGAAUAUUCCAGUAGGAGGGACAUUUUCUGCAUGAUUGUUGCCUUGUGUGAGAAAUAUCCUACAUCUCCUAGUGGAUGAGCAUUCACAAGUGCCUGCUCAUGUUGAAAGAGUCAGGUCCUUGGGUGUUAUGACCUGGAGGCGUUGAGGCUAGCCUUGUAUUAGUAUGUGCAUGUUUAAUCACUACCACAGCCCAUCAAUUCACCCAGCUGAUUGAAAUUCAAAUCAGGCCUUCAAUGGGUAGUCACCAAGACGUUCAAGAUAACUCAGAAUGGCUCCAAAAUGGUCUUGUUGAGGCUAGCCAAGGCUCUAAACACCAUCCCCACAAGGGGAAUCGUGAUUUUAAAAAUGGGAUAUGCCAUGACUCCUCUAAACUGUCAGAAAAUGUGAACGAAUUUGAAUCUAAGUCAGUGGGAGGAUUGUCAAAAAAUGAAAACAUCUGGCGCAUAAAUGACACAGAUCAGGGGGCAAUGAGUAAUUCACACCGAUGCUCUGGAGAGAAAUCCAGCCCUGAAACAUGUAAAAAGCCACCAUUUCGAGCAGGAAAAUAUGUGCCUAAAGAUUAUGUAUAUUCUCCUUGGAUAGAGGACAAGAAUUCAAGCCAGACGCACAAGGGAAAAUCCUCAACUGAAAAGCUUAGUACAUCACCAUUAGCAUCCCCACAGCCAUUUGUGACAGGGAAGUUCUCACAUAAAGAUUCUGAUUUAUACCUAAGCUCUGGGGAGAAAUAUUUAGGUUUCUAUAAGCCUGCUACUAAAGGGAAAUCCACUUCGUAUGAUAUAAUUGGUUACAGAGGGAGCUCUUUGUCGAGGAGUGGCCCAAAUUCACCUGACUCAUCUCGUUGCAUUUCCCCACUAGAGAGACUAAGUCUGCAUGAGAAUGAGAGAACACUGUCUCUUGGUAGAAUUACUAGGUCUUCCAAACUCAAGACUCUACAGGGAAGCAGUAAAAUUAGCCAGAGUGAUGAAACAGUUGGUAAGAGAACUCAAGCACCCAGGGUGAGACCGAAGAGUUCUGUUAUUGAGAGCAAUGAGAGAAGAACUAGAAAAACAUCAGGAAAUGCUUCUGCUAGACCCAAGAGCUCUGUCAUUGCCCAGAGCCCAAGGCUCACUCAAUCAGCAACAGGAGCUCUUAACCCUCUGCAUAGUGUGAUUCAGCAAAAUAGGAGAAAUCUAAGGGAAGGAAAUGCUAGACCAGAAUCAAGAGAUACUCUUUCUCCAAUGCAGUCACCAAAGACUUCUCCCAGGAGAUCUGGGAACUCUAAAUUACAGAACCGGCCUAAAAGUGCAGUGUUAUUAACACUAAGAGAUAACAAACAGGGGCACCAGGAUAGCUGUCGGUUUAUACGCAAAGGCUCUGACUCAAGUGAUAAGAGAAAUCGCCCUAAAAGUGCUGUGCUAUGUACUAGUGCAAGCGAGAGAACAUAUAACCAGGUUAAACCUAGAAAGGCCAGGCGAGUACCACAAAGAAAUGUGUACGUGAAAAAACGCAGAAAACCUGCUUCAAAGACCCCUUCAUCCCAGCACAAGAAAACAGAGAAAAAACUCAAGAAAGUGAAGGAAAAAGUUGACCAGAAAUUGACAAAAGGAAAGGACAUCCCCGAUGGUUUGCCUGAAGAAACAUCAAAGAAAUUAUUCUCUGCAUUUGCGGACAAAUUCUGUACUCGGAUAAGGAUAGAAAACAAGGAAGUGAUUAUUCCUAUUGCUCGAAGAUGCCGGGUCAUGGUCUGGAAAAUACGCCGAAUAUCAUAUGAUCUCUAUGAAAAGGUGACAUUCCUUAACCCGAUGGUAACUAGAAAACCCAAACUUCAACGACAGAAGAAGCUGUUCCACAUCCAUAAAGGCAAGAACUUCCUUCGUGCUGGGCAAAUGAAUACAAAUGUAGCCACAUGGGCAAGAUUAUUAAAAAGAGCUGCACCAGCAAACUGUACAACUAACUCCACUGCGCUGAGUCCCAACUCUGCCUCACAAGCACCUUAUCAAGGAACACCCGGCCGUCCCAACACAGGGAGUUUAACAGCAACACCCCCUCGAUCCCAACCGUACACGCCUGAUAACAAGGCUAAGUCUCCCAACACUUACACACCUACAAUAGAUAACCAGACCCCUCCCAAGAGACCUGCCGAGCGAGAAGUACAGGAUGCAUUAUCAGCAUUUGGUUUUCUGGACAGCCCAGGAAGUCCAUCCAUUCAGCAACCGCACCCCGUCAAGUCUAGACCCCCUCCACCCAUCCCAGUUAGACACAGGGCUCCAUCACCACCUAGUAAUACCAGUCACAUGUCAAUGUCCAACUUUAGAUGUAUUAGUGUAUUAGGUAGAGGCCAUUUUGGCAAGGUUAUUUUAGCAGAAUAUAGGAAUACAAAUGAGCUCUUUGCUAUUAAGGCUCUGAAAAAAGGAGACAUCAUAGCAAGGGAAGAAGUAGAAAGUUUAUUAGCAGAAAAGCGAAUAUUUCUCACUGCAAACAAGACAAGACACCCGUUCCUGGUUAAUUUAUUUGCCUGUUUUCAGACUCAGGAGCAUGUGUGUUUUGUGAUGGAGUAUGCACCGGGCGGAGACUUAAUGAUGCACAUACAUGCCGAUGUCUUUGCUGAAUCGCGGACAGUGUUCUACACAGCGUGUGUGGUGCUAGGUCUACAGUAUCUUCAUGAUCACGAGAUUGUGUACAGGGACUUGAAGCUUGACAACCUGCUGCUUGAUUCUGAAGGCUACGUGAAGAUUGCUGAUUUCGGCCUGUGCAAGGAGGAUAUGGGUUAUGGUGCUCGCACUGGCACUUUCUGUGGCACGCCCGAGUUCCUUGCCCCUGAAGUCCUGACAGAAACGUCUUACACACGAGCAGUGGACUGGUGGGGUCUUGGAGUGCUUAUCUUUGAGAUGCUAGUGGGAGAGUCUCCGUUCCCCGGGGAUGAUGAGGAGGAGGUGUUUGAUUCUAUUGUUAAUGAUGAAGUGCGCUACCCUCGCUUCCUUUCCACGGAGGCAAUCGCUAUCAUGAGACGGCUGUUGAGGCGGAACCCGGAAAGAAGACUCGGGGCCGCCGAAAAGGAUGCUGAGGAGGUGAAGAAGCAACCGUUCUUUAGGGAUAUGAGAUGGGAUGAUCUGCUCGCUAGAAAGAUCCGCCCGCCCUUCGUCCCCCAAGUGAAACACGCCGAGGACGUUAGCAACUUCGACGAGGAGUUCACAUCGGAGGAGCCCAUCCUGACCCCGCCCAAGGAGGCGCGGUCACUCAACCCGGACGAACAGGGUCUUUUCGCGGACUUCAACUACACUGCCGACUGGUGCUAGAACUCUCCAGCAACAGAUUCGCAAGUUGCCCUCUGCACAUGUGCAACCAAGCCCCCACUGACUGCGCAUGCGCAACCAGUUCUCCGACUGCGCAUGCGCAGUUUCCGUUGUGUUAUUGGAGGGGUGGGGAGGGUCGGUCUCGUCGUUUAGUUUUACUUUAAUUGAAUUUAGUCUACAAUUUUUUGUGACAGAGAACAAUUUUAUAAAGUGCCUGCUUUUUAUUUUUCAUAGCAAGUUUGGCAAUAGUACAAGUUGGGCUGAGGUGCGCACUUAUUGCUGUACCGGCCCUGAGAUAUAUACAUAUACAUAUUAUAUAUACGCUGUCACGCGUGUUGUACUAUAAAGAAAUAUGACAAGAGAUCAAAUGCGCAGAAUGACUGCGUGUAAACAAUAAACACGAAUCGUAAGA